CUGGAUUUCCGGAUCACAUUCUCUUCAGCAGACGAUAAUAAAAACAGAAACACAACGGGGAAAAAAAGAACAAAAUAAAGGGAUAAUUUACCGCACACCAUGAGUAUGCUCGUUCAUGAUCUCGGGCUGUCACGGAGGGCAUGCGACCGCUGUCAUGGCCAGAAGCUGCGAUGCCGCCGGGAGAACAACAAUGAGCCCUGUGUUCGCUGUCAGAGAGCAGGCGUCCAGUGUGCCCCAAGGCCCGUGAGAUCCAGACAUCGCCCACGGGCACACACCACGCAGCAACCAGCGGACAUAUCGAAUGCGAACCCGACACAAUCCCUAGGAAAUCCAUCAGAGCAGACGAACAAAGACAUGUCAGAGCAUUUUCAUCUCUCCCCCUCGAGCUUGUUAGACUUUCCCGCGGACUUGGAUCUGGGACUUGACUUUGCGUCGCCGCAGUCCGGCAUGGAUCUAGUGCCCAUCCAGAAUCAUCCGGAGAGUCAACCCUUUCCUCCGGAGCCACGGAGCCGUAUGGGUGGGCGAUUUGAACCGGACCAUCAGAGUGAACUCCACGCCGCAUCACAGAGCUCGUAUCUCCAACCCUCCUCCACAUCCACACUGUUGCCCUACUCCGAACCAGCGACGACACACUCCCAACAUCGCUUGUCCCUCGCCAGGACAGUGGCUCCCAAAACCAUUAACGUCCCGUCACAGGAAGCGAAUAACCUUAUGGACUUCGACCACCGGGACGGGACGGCAUUGAACAGCGGCAGUGAAGACACAGCGGCGGACUCUGGGUACGGGCAAUCCGUCUCGAGUCGACCACAUUCCAACAGCAGUGCCACCCAGAGCUCAUAUUCGCAACAAACGUCCAAACCGACGGGAGAUAUGACCUCGUGGGUUCGUAAAUUGUCAGACAUAAAUGUGGAGCUGCACCAGCAUAUGCUGGCCAUCCCGUCGGUCGAUGUAGAGCACAGCCCGUUGACCAACUCCAAAACGAGCAACGGUCCCAGUUCCCCCCAGGAACUGGCAGUAGAUCGCACCUUCAAACUCUCUCAUCAGUAUAUGGAAAUCCUGAGUGAUAUCUUCUCUCAAUACAAGACCCGCCAGACAUAUACCGGAUCACCCCCGGCAGCGUUGGCACUAGAUCAACCCUCCCAGCUGCUGGUCCUAUCCAGUUAUCUCUGUCUGGUUGAGUCGUAUGACAAGAUCUUGCAGCACAUCAAAGCAUGGACUGAAGUGCGAUUGGACAUGGAAGGAUCGACGGCAGAGGAGCACUUCCCCGUGCAACUACCCAGUGUCGCCAUCGGCUGCUUUCAGCUACCGGCAUCAUCGUCCACUCGACCACUAGUCUUGAUCUGCAUCAUUGAGGCCACUAUGACACAGAUCCACGACCAAGUCAAUGAGAUGAUGCGACCUGCCCGGACGAUAGGCGAGCAGGGCACCCUAGGCGGCGACGGGCUGAGCGGCGUGGCCAAAGUGACGGUACAGGCAAUAAGGACUAAGGAAGAUUCCACGAUGAAGCUUCUCCACGAAGUAUGGCGACUGGCGUUGCGAUGUGGGGAUGACGGGAAACUUAGCGCUGGCGCAGGUUAG